AUGCCACGGCUAGAAGAAAUAGAUGAUGCUGACGACAUCGAUAAUCUUGAAAUGGAGCUUGCGGAGCUGGAUCCAUCUUUGAGAACCCCUGUGGCACCCCGGAUUGUUCCUGAAAUUGUUAGAAGUCAGGAUCAAGAACCACCACUGUUCCCACAAACGCCUCAAGUUGACUUAGUGGAACAAAAUACAUCUCAGAAACCCAAGAUUGCUAGAUUUACAAAGGAAGAAAUGGAGGAACUUAAAGGUUUUCAAGUCCUAUAUCCAUGCUAUUUUGAUAAGAACAGAUCUCACAGUCAAGGAAGAAGAGUUCCAAUUGAAGAUGCCGUCGAAAACCCUCUAGCCAAAACGAUAGCUGAUGCUGUUCAUGGUUUGGGCGUUCUCUGUGUAUUUGAGGGCGAAAAAUGUCACCCACAAGACUUUGGCAACCCUGGUAGGGUGCGUGUUCUUUUGAAAGAUGAAGGCAAGCCCACAAAGCCUUCUACAUUUCCCACAAAAAGAGCCCUUAUGAAAAAGGUCUCAGAAUACUUACAUACACACCCUACUACUUUGGAAUCUCUAAAUGAAGUUCCAUACGGCCCUGAUUUCCAAGGCUUUGAGCCCAGAAUUAUUCCUAAAGUAAAAGGCUUUGUUAUGAAUGACAUUGUCCCACUGCAUAGUGCUUACAGCAUGGGCCAUCCUAUGUCCAAGUCGAUUUACGAAGAGCCAGCAGAAAUAGUCCCCGAAAAGCAGGUUAAAAUGCCAAAGAACAAGUAUAAAAUGGUGAGAAGAUAG